AUGUUGCCGUCAAGUGGUUAUUUCAGAACUAUUAUGUGCCCAUUUUCAAAACUUGGGCUUUGUACACGACCUCAUUGCCAUUACAAGCAUUCUAAACAAGAUUCAACUGCUUACAAAGUGCCCUAUUCAUACUCAUCAGCUAGAAGCACUGAUGAAUAUCUUCCAGAAAGUGUUCUCAGAACAAGUUCAACAGUUAUUAGUAAACCAUAUCAUACUCAAAUGGAUAUAGAAUCUGAAGAAAAUGCAACUUAUAUACCAACUCCAGUCAAUAAGUGCUUAAAACCUGUUGGCAUUUUAAAGACCAGUAAUUCAGAUAAACCCUCCACCUCUUCUGCUCCAGAGUAUAAACCUACGCCAAUAGCCAGAUUGAAAGAGCUUAAUAUUGCACAACCUCAUGUUGGUAGAACUGAAUACAUCCCAAGCUAUAAAAACUCUUACAGGAAAAAAAAGCAUAUUGAAGAGUAUGAUCCAACAGAAGUAAAGUUUGUAGCACCUAAGAAAACUGUAACAUUUGCGGAUGAAAAAAUGGGUAGUUUAGUUGUACCAUCAGAAAUAGUACUUAGUUCAGAUGAAGAUAUUGAUGAUGCUUCCAGUGCUCCUAAAUUUAGUGAUGAUGAUUUUGAUGAUGACAUUGUUGUCUGCGAACCUCCUCCUAAGGUGUCUAAUCCAAAGGAUGUGGUGGAAAUUGAUGUAACUGAAGAUGAAAAAAUUGAUGAAUAUUCAAUAGUCGAUAAAAUUCUAGUUGAUAGUAAAAAGAGUGAAGAAUUAAUAAAAGCUUUUUCUAAACCUAAAAAAAUUUUAAUAUCUGAUGAUUUCUCAAAAGCAAAACAAUUAUCACAAAUAGAAGAUUCUUUAGACUCAGUUAAUGAAUGCAGCAUUGAUGAUAUAGGUUUUGACACUGCCGAACUAUCUGCAAGUGUUAACACUAAAAGCAAUGCUACAAACAAAUGUUUAGAACUUAUACAAUCAUCAUUAAAUCAACUAGAAAAGCACAACUUCGAGUUAAGUUCUUCAAAAUCAAAGAAAUUUAAAACUAAGGAACAAAACGAUAUUAAGGAAUCAAAAUCUGAAAAAUUCGAAGAUACCAAGUCCUUAGAUAAAAGUAAUAAUCCAAAGCUAUCAGAUAAAUCUAAAGACGUUAAAUCAGAAGGUAAACCUAAAGAGGCUAAAUCUUUGGAUAAAUCAAAAGAUAAGACUUCUGAUAAAAGCAAAAGCAGUAAAAAGCAUGAUGAAUCGGUUUCAAUCAAAAAGAAGCAUAAAGAUUCACCUAAGAAAUCUAAGACAGAGAAAGGUACUAAAAGUUCAUCACAAUCAAGUCAAGGUAAACACACAAAAAAUUCUUCAGACUCUGAUUCAACACAUUUAAAGAAAGAAAAAGUAGCUAAGGAUGAUAAAACAGAUAGGCAUCAAAAACCUGAAAAAAUACCCAAAUCUGAUAAACUGGUAAAGCAGGAUGAUAAACAUAAAUCUAAAAUAAAGGAAAAGUUGAAUGUUAUUUGUGAUAAAAAACAUUCUUCAAAACCAUCAGCUGCAAAACAAGAUGACAAACUCCAAGAUGGACAAGUAAGCAGCAGUAGCAUCAUCACAAAAAGUAGGGCAGAAAAAGUGACUAGUAAAAGUAAAAAUUCUUCUUCUAAAAGCAGUGUAGGGAAAAGAAAGAGCAUUGAUGUAGAUUCUCAAACAAAUACCCUUGUCGGGGAUGUUUCACCACCUUCUAAGAAAGUAAAAGUUAAUAGCAGCUCGGAUGAGGCUCCUGAUCUUGAUGUCUCUUUCAGCUCUGAUGAAGACAUAGAUGAACAGUUGUGGCAAAUCUAUAAUGAGACAUUUUCUGACCCAUCCAAAGAUAAAGCAGAAGAAAAAGAGAAACAAGAGACAAAGAAAGUCCACCAGGAAGAAAAUUCAAUUUCUGGGAAAAAACGCCAAGCUCAUGCAGCAGCUGCAUCUCUUAAGAAACCUCCCUCUAUUACCAAAGUUGAAGCAAAGAAGUCUCUCAAUCCUGCUCAAGUGAUGCAUAAUCGCUAUACCCAGUUGCAAACAAUGUAUGCUCAAAGUAAUAAAAUACCCCAGUCAUUGUUGCCUCCUGCCAGAAAUAAUGACAAGAAACGGAUAUCAUAUGCACCUAACCCAGGACUUAUAGCUGCAGUGCAGCAGAAAAAGAUGCUAAGUGAUAAUCCAAAACUUGUAGAUUUUACUCCUUUACCAUCUACGGUCACAAAAACUUUAAAAACUACACAUCGUGUUGCACAUGUUCCAGAUUUAGCUUUUAAACCUAGACCAAUAAUCCCUGCAGAUUUUGGGAGCAAAGUACCUGUAAAUGUGAGGCAAAAAUUUCUAAAUGCGUUCAUUGAUGAAUGCUUGAAAUUUUGCUCCUCCGAAGAUGAAGCAUAUGAAAUGGGUCUUGAAGAAGAAAAAAAAGCUUAUGAACGAAGUUCUAGCAAACCUGUGUACAUGAAUGUUGCUGCAAAUACUUUAAAGAGAUUACGAGACAGAGUAUCACAAAAAAGUGAAGUUACAACUACAACUAACUCUUUGAAAUCAAAGAAAACUGUUUCUCAUGAAAUGGUCAUUAAUGGGCCUAUAGCACAACGUACAAGCUUUAGUGUCGGAAAAAAGAAACAGACGUAUGAUAUAAAAGAUUUUGGUGGUGCUGCCCUGUAUGAAUUCCUUUUAAGUUAUAUACUGACAGAAGAGCAACUCAAAGAGAAUGGUUAUCCUUUUCCACACCCUUUUGAACCUGAUAGAGCUGUAAUAGAAGGAAUAUAUGCCAACAGAAUUCAAUUUUGUAAUGAUGCUUUUAAAAGAACUUGUUCGAGGUGUCAAAAAAUAUACUACGUUAAUGUUGAUGGGGAUUAUGUGCGUGAUGAAGAGUGUGAAUAUCAUUGGGGACGCAUAUGGAAACGAAGAAUUGCUGGCGCCAUUGAGAGUCGCUAUAAUUGCUGUCAAGGGGACUCUGAAUCAGAUGGUUGUUGUGUUGCAACUGGUCAUGUGUUUGAAGGUUCUGAAAACCAUGCUUAUAAAGGAUUUGUGAAAACAUUACCUAAAACACCUCCUCCUGAUCGUUGUUAUGGAGUUUACUCUCUUGAUUGUGAAAUGUGUUAUACUACUGCUGGCUCUGAAUUAACAAGAAUUACUGUGAUUGGAACUGACCUGAAACCUGUGUAUGAAUCAUUUGUAAAACCUCAGAACAAAGUUCUUGAUUACAAUACAAGAUUCAGUGGAAUUACAGAGGAGAAUCUACAGAAUGUUCGAACCACAUUGCAUGAUGUUCAGGCAGUUCUAUUGUGUAUAUUUAAUGAUAAAACUAUAUUGAUUGGUCACAGUCUUGAAAGUGACUUUAAAGCUCUAAAACUAUUUCAUAAAGUAGUUAUAGAUACAUCUGUUGUGUUUCCGCAUAAAAAUGGGCUUCCUUUCAAGCGAGCAUUGCGAACCUUAAUGGCAGAAAAACUCAAUAAAAUAAUCCAAAAUGAUGUUGGUGGUCAUGACAGUCAUGAAGAUGCUGCUGCUUGUAUGGAACUAAUGCUUUGGAAAAUUCAAGAGGAUUUGAAAAGCAAUAGAUGA